ACAGCCCCAGUCGCGCCGCUGAAUAUCAAGAAGAUGCGUAGGAGAGGCUUAUUGAGCGGGAUUCAUCUGGUACUUCCCAAGACCCCCUUGCCACCACCAACACCAAAUCCAGGGCACACUCCGCAAACAUCCCUCACCUUCACAGCGGAGCUGGACGCGUCAGGCAGAGGCUUCCUCUUCACGCCUGUCUCUGACGAACCUAUGUCUGCUCCGAGCCCCCAAAGCACUCAGAGCCCUGUCCCAGACGACAUUGACGGAGAGACCAACGACAUUGAGCCCGAGCCGCCUGCUGCCGAGCCGUGCAGACCAGGUAGUCCGUCCUCUCGGAGCUCUGCGAGCUCGGUAUCCUCCCGUUCUUCCGCGUUAUUUAACCACGAACGCAAGCGGUCCGACACGUCUACUUGCCCAUCCUCUGUCAUGGAGGACCAGAAGCCAUUUGAAGACCCUAUUAGCCCUGCUGCGGAGGAGACCAUCAAUAUGCUCGAGUCGGAGCUGCACCGCACGGCGUUGAUGCGACGAUCGAAGUCGUUCGACCAUUCGUGCUUUGCCUGCAUGGACGACGAGCUGCUGCUCGACCCAUGGCAAGCGUUCGAUUCGCUCUGCUGGACGGCGUCGGUGGACCAAUUUCCCGACACGCACAGAGCCUUCCCACUCAGCCCUGCUGUGCCUGUCGCCAGACCACGCGCCGAUGUCCCAGAAGAUACGAUCAGCGCUAGCAUCGUGAACUUUAAGGCCCGCACAUCCCAUUUCUCCGCUGAUGAUCAGAAGUUGACGGUGGCGGCACCGGUGCGAGCCUCGAGAAUCAUCAGUCCCCUCCACAUGCACAUCUCCACACUCAAGGCCUUCAGAUUUCCCAGGCGCAAGUGCAAGUAGUCGCGUAUUAUCCGCGGACGUUACUUUACUAUCUACUAUCACAGCAUUCCUUACGACUCUUUGAUGCGUUUGCUCUUAUUCUUAGAAUCCACCCCCUCUCGCUGCAUCAUUCUCUCCAGGGCUGUGUUCUGACGCGUUGUACAGUACUGUACAGUAGAAGUACUUCCCGCCCUGAGCUGUAAGUAGCCAUUGACUAUGGACCUUAUCCGGCGGCGUGUAAGCAUGUCAGCCCGCACAAUUGAGUCGUUGACAUAUUGGAC